AUGAUGGCAGGAAUGAACAUCCAGCUGGUGUGCCUGAUGCUUCUGGCUUUCAGCUCCUGGAGCCUGUGCUCAGACUCAGAAGAGGACAUGAGAGCAUUAGAGGCAGACUUACUAACAAACAUACAUGCAUCAAAGAUCAGUAAAGCAAGUCCUCCCUCUUGGAAAAUGACCUUGCUAAAUGUGUGCAGCUUUAUAAAUAACCUGAACAGCCCAGCAGAGGAAGCAGGAGAAACGCACGAAGAUGAUCUCGUUGGAAAAAGGAAACUUCCCCUUGUUCUAGAUGGCUUUAGCUUGGAAGCAAUGCUGACCAUAUUCCAGCUCCAGAAAAUUUGCCACAGCAGGGCUUUUCAACACUGGGAGAUAAUCCAGGAAGAUAUUCUUGAUAAUGGCAAUGGCAAAGAUGAAAAGGAGGAAGUGAUAAAGAGAAAAAUCCCUUACAUUCUGAAAAGGCAGCUGUAUGAGAAUAAACCUAGAAGGCCCUACAUACUCAAGAGGGGAACUUACUACUACUGA